CCACAGAUAUGCUUGCCCGGAGAGUAGCCAUCAUUGGAGCUGGUGUCUCUGGCCUGUGUGCCCUGAAAUGCUGCCUGGAUGAGGGGCUGCUACCCACCUGCUUCGAGAAGAGCAGUGAUAUUGGGGGGCUCUGGCGCUUUGAGGUAAGCCCUGUGCCAUGCCAGCCUGCCCCAUGACAGCAGCAUGGAUGGGAUUGAGAUCAGUCAUUUGCAGAUAAUGAAGCACCACUUCCGUGCUUUGCAUGCAUGCAGCAGGUGGGUUUCCAAGAAAAACCACAGGAAAGAAAAACUGCUGCAGCACCAGGAGAUCCUUAUGGUGCCAGCGGGCGUGCUGGCCACAUGGGCCCCAUCUCUUCACCAGCAGCAGGAAAGAUCCUCCCCAAGGACCUUACCCCAGGACUCACUCCUCCAGCUCAGCCUUGCUUUUUCUCUGCCUUUCCUCCUUGGUCUCAUCGAUCCCUUCCUCUGCUGCUUUGCUCACAGUACUCUCCAGCCCUUUUCUACCCAUCCUGGUCCCAUCUGAUCCUGCUGGUUGUCCUGGUCCCUGUCCUGCCUGGCUCCUCCUUGGAAGUCCUAGUUGCUCCUCUCCCUGUUUCUGUGCCGCUCAUCUGUGCUGAGGCAUCAAGCACUGCCUCCUCUGUGCCUUGGCUCUCUCUCCCUGUCUCAGGGAAAGCUGGGAGCUCAUUUCUGCCCCCACCUAACAAACCUGCUGAAUUUCCCCCCUGGGACCCACUGAGAAUAAGACAAGCCGUCUCAUCAUGCCCUGAUAUGUGGGUGGGAGAGUGGGGGGGGAUACACAUGCACCAUGUCAUCGUGGAGUUUGGGGUGGCUCUGCUAGUUCUGUCUAUGAUAGGUCUGAACUGGGGUUGGUGGAGCAGAGCCAAGGCAGCAGCACUCAGCUGCCAGGGCAGAGACCCUGUGAGCAGGAGCAGCCACUCAGCUGGAAGCACCAGGGCUGGCUCAGCAGCCAGUGAGACUCAAUGUCGCAACCAGGGCAAUGGCAUCAUAGGCAGCUUUGGAAAUGUGUCGCCUCAUCAGGGCUACGGGUGGGAGCUGGGCAACAGAGGCACAAGACGCCACAACCUGCUGUCUCCCUUGCAUGGCCCACACCAACCCACAGCUUCCUCUUCUCUGUUUUGCCGGAUGAGCGCUCACACCUGCAAGAGCGUGCUGCAUUCAGGGAUGGGGGCUACACCCACCCGUGGCUUAAUCCUGGAUCCCCACAGGCACGGCAAGGUGCCAGGCAGGGCAGGCAGUCCUGAGGUCCCUGUGCCAGCACCGAGCUGUGUCCGGCUCCCGCAGGAGCAUCCCGAGGAGGGCCGUGCCAGCAUCUACCCUUCCCUCAUCAUCAAUGCCUCCAAAGAGAUUAUGAGCUUCAGCGACUUCCCCAUCCCCGAGGACUUCCCCAACUACAUGCACAAUUCCAAGGUCAUGGAGUACUUCCGCAUGUAUGCCCAGCGCUUCAACCUGCUACGCCACAUCCGCUUCAGGACCACUGUGUGCCGCAUGGCCAAGUGCCCCGACUUCGCCACCACGGGCCAGUGGGAAGUGGUGACGGAGAGCGAUGGGAAGCAGGAGACGGCCGUUUUCGAUGCUGUGCUGGUGUGCACUGGGCAUCACACUGAGGCGCACCUCCCGCUGAGCGCCUUCCCAGGGCUGGAAAAUUUUGAGGGCUGGUACAUGCACAGCCGGGACUACAAAAGCCCACAGCUCUUUUCAGGAAAGCGGGUGGUCGUGGUUGGCACAGGGAAUUCAGGCAUUGACAUCGCAGUGGAGCUGAGCCACACAGCCAAGCAGGUCUUCCUCAGCACCAGGCAUGGGACCUGGGUGCUGCACCGCGUGUCAGACACGGGAUACCCCUUUGACUAUAUCCACCUCAACCGCUUCUCUCAAAGCUUGCAAAAACUGCUGCCUGAAAAUGCCAUCAACACCUUUUUUGAGAAGAAGCUGAAUGCCCGCCUCAACCACACACUAUAUGGCCUCCAGCCCAAGCACAGGGUCUUCGAACAGCAUCCAACUGUCAGCGAUGACCUGCCCAACCGCAUCAUUUCGGGCAGGGUGCUGGUGAAGCCAAACAUCCAGAAAUUCACAGAGACAUCUGUCAUCUUUGAUGAUGGCACCAGAGAAGACAUUGAUGUUGUGGUCUUCGCCACAGGAUACAGUUUCUCAUUCCCCUUCCUUGAGGGCUACGUGAAGGUGGUGGAGAACCAGAUCCCCCUCUACAAAUUUGUAUUCCCCCCUGACAUGGAGAAGCCAACACUGGCUUUCAUCGGCCUCAUUCAGCCCAUGGGUCCCAUCAUGCCCAUCUCCGAGCUCCAAUGUCGCUGGGCCACCCGUGUUUUCAAGGGGCUGCAGAAACUGCCAUCCAUCGACAGAAUGCUGGCUGAAAUCACACAAACCAAGGAGAAAAUGGCUGCACGGUAUGUGAAGAGCCAGCGGCACACCAUCCAGGUGGAUUUCAUCCCCUACAUGGACGAGCUUGCCUGCCAGAUUGGGGUCAAGCCCAACCUGCUCAACCUCUUCCUCACUGAUCCCAGGCUGGCACUGGAGGUGUUCUUCGGGGCCUGCACACCGUAUCAGUACCGCCUGCAGGGCCCAGGCAGGUGGGCAGGUGCCCGGGAGGCCAUCCUCACGCAGCGGCAGCGCGUCCUCCGGCCCCUGCAAAGCAGAGUCAGGGAUGGUCCUGCCCGCUCCAGCAUCCUGGCCCACAUCCUCAAGGUCUUCUUCAGCAUCAGUUUGAUUUUGACCACCCUUGCCUAUGUCUCACUCUCUCCUUAGACUACAAUGAAGGAGACAGUGGGUCCUCCUGGCAAUCUUCUUCCUUUUCCUUGGGCUUGGGUGUUUCUGUAGUCUCGUGCUAUGUCUGCCACCGCACCUGAAGGCACCAAGGGAGCUGGUUCCUUCAAGCCGCAGCCUGGUCUAUCCCACCUUCCUGCUGUGCCAGGGCCACACUAGGCCUUGCUGAAGGCUGCUCUGAGGACGGGGAUCACUCCUCUUCCCCAAAUCCUGGCCUGACAGCUCCACAACCCAGGGGCUAGGUCAGGACAAGGGUGGCAGAAGAUAAGGAACUUGCCUGGCCAGGGAGCUGUGGGGAAAGGGCAAUAAAGCUUGUCCCUGAACUGAGGGGACCAGGGGCCACACUGCAUGAGCUCCGUCUCUGUGUCUGUCCUCCCCACGCAGGGCCUGGCCAGCCCACCGGAAGCACUCUGGCUGCUCACACCCCACAGCCCAGCUGCUUGCCCCACAUCUUGUCCCACAGCCAGGCUGCUGGCUCCACAGCUCGCCCUAAGCCAGGCUGCUCGCCCCACAGCUCUCCCCACAGCCCGGCUGCUCGCCCCACAGCUCUCCCCACAGCCCGGCUGCUCACCCCACAGCCUGCCCUACAGCCAGGCUGCUCAGCCAGCUGCUCGCCCCACAGCCCGAC